GGUGGUCAGAAUGAGGAGCUGUUAGUGUCACUAAAUGGAGAUAUUACUCAGUUUUAUUACCGUUUAAAGUUGUUGUUGACGAAGACAGCUGCGUCAUCAUGUCAAACCCUGCUCUGCUCGUCCUGUAUGGGAGUCAGACAGGUACGGCCCAGGACACGGCGCAGAGGAUCAUGCGUCAGGCGCAGAGAAGGCGGAUGCAAGUUCAAGUGCUGCCUUUAGAUAGCUACAAUGUGGCCAACCUGAUCUCAGAAUCUCUGGUUGUCUUUGUGUGUGCCACCACUGGCCAAGGAGACCCUCCAGAUAAUAUGAAGAACUUCUGGAGGUUUCUCUUCAGGAAGUCUUUACCUGCUGGCUCUCUGGGUCGACUGGACUGUGCAGUUCUGGGCCUGGGGGACUCCUCCUAUCCAAAGUUCAAUUUUGUGGCCAAGAAGCUUCAUAAGCGCCUUCUGCAGCUGGGUGCCAGUGUGCUGCUGCCUGUAGGGCUGGCAGAUGACCAGCAUGACCUGGGGUCAGACGCUGUGAUUGAUCCAUGGCUUACGUCGCUUUGGGAGAAAGUGUUCGCUCUGCACCCAUCUUUAGCUGAAGCAACCCCACUGAGAGAGGAUGAACCACUCCCUCCAACGUACGCUUUCCACUUCCUGGAUGAUGUGAAAGAGAAGACAGAUAACAGGAUCAGGAUUCCUAUGGAACAACCUGUCCCCUCCCAGUCCCAUCCCUUUCCUGCCAGAUUGGUGUCCAAUAAGAGAGUGACAGAGCUUUCACACUUCCAGGAUGUCAGACACAUCGAGUUUGACAUCACUGGAUCCAACAUUGAGUUUGCUGCAGGUGAUGUCGUUGUGAUGUAUCCUUGUAACUCACUGGAGGAUGUGGAGCAAUUCUGUCAGCUGCUGAGGUUAGAUCCAGACGCCCAGUUCACUCUCAGGCCCACAAACAACACUGCAGUUCCAGCCAGGCUUCCUCAGCCCUGCACUGUGCGCCACCUGGUGGAGAGCUUCCUGGACAUGGCCGCUGUGCCUCGCCGCUCCUUCUUCGAGCUGCUGUCUACUUUCGCCACCAACGAGCUGGAGCGGGAGAAGCUGGCCGAAUUCAGCUCAGCGGCAGGACAGGACGAGCUGCACAGCUACUGCAACCGGCCCCGACGCACAGCACUGGAGGUCUUGGCAGAUUUCCCCCAUACCACAGCAGAACUUAAAGCGGACUAUCUCCUUGAUCUUUUCCCUGAGAUCCAGCCUCGCUCGUUUUCCAUUGCCUCCUCUCUCCAGGCUCAUCCGAACAGGCUUCAGAUCCUGGUAGCUGUGGUCCAGUACAAAACCAAGAUGUAUAAACCACGAAGAGGCCUCUGCUCCACUUGGCUAGCCUCUUUGGACCCUGCACAAGGAGAGGUGUAUGUGCCUCUGUGGGUGAAGAAGGGAACUCUAAAGUUCCCUAAAGAGAAGGACACCCCAGUGAUUAUGGUUGGACCUGGAACAGGAGUGGCACCCUUUAGGACGGCGUUACAAGAGAGGAUAGCAGAGGGAAAAACUGCCAACGUCUUGUUCUUUGGCUGUCGCUCUGAAUCCAAAGACUUCUACUUCAAGUCAGAGUGGGAGGAGAUGAUGAAGGCUGGACAUCUGGUCCUUUUCACUGCCUUCUCUCGAGACCAGGAGGAAAAGGUGUACGUACAGCACCGUGUGAGGGAGAGUGCGGAGCUCCUGUGGGACCUGGUUGCCAAAAAAAGUGCCUGUUUUUACAUCGCUGGCAAUGCUAAACAGAUGCCAGCCAGCGUGUGUGACGCUCUGAAAGAGGUGUUCCAGCAGGAGGGAGGCGUGUCCGCAGAGGAGGCUGAGCAGAUGCUGGUGGCCAUGGAGAGGACGGGCCGAUUUCAGAGCGAGACCUGGUCCUGAUCACGUGGGCUCGGCCUGGUUCACCUUCAACUGCACGAGACCGCUGCUGCUGUGGAGCCAUGCAUCAGCCAACGUCAGCAUAUUCAGUUGUGGAUUUGUCACCUUUUUGCCAUUGCACAUGUGAUUUAAUAACACAAACCUCUAAAAUCCUCUUUCUAUCUGUUUGGAGCGUUCAGAUGCAUGUUUUAGCCUUUAGGUAUGUUUCCACUGCAGGAACUUUCAUCUGGGAACAGAAACUUGUUUUACUCACAAAAAGUUCCUUGUCAGAUGCUGAACGCCACCGAGUAGUCAAGUACCCUGGUCACCAUGGUUACACACCAGCAUUUUAAAAACCUGAUUCAAAAGGAGGUUUUACUCGUUUGUGGUUGAUAAUAAGUUCAGUUUUUACAUCUUUGCAGAGAACCUUUUGCGGUUGUACUGCUGUUCUGCAGUUUAGACUGACAGUAACUCUGUGCAGGCAAAAAAAAGUUGGACUGUUUUGUUACAUAUAUCAACAUACAAUAGUUUUCUUGUGCAGUGCUGCUGGCUGUAACAGGACAUUUGCAUUCAUGAUGUCAUUUUAAAAUCAAGAAAUAAAACUACUCACUGUAUAAUCAACUCUCUUGACCUUUGAAUCCAUUGAACGUCUUCGUCUAGGUUGCUCUUUGAAAUAGAUCGUAUAGAGUGUGAAAACAUCUAUGCAGUGGUAAGUUAUUUUUUCAGAUGCUUUUAAUUUUAACUGAACAAGACUAUAAUAUUUGUAAUCUGGAAAAGAAAACUGUAUUUAUUGCACUUACUAGGCAUUAUAAUCACAUAGUCUGUCGACCUGCCAGACUUCCCAGCAGAACAUUCAAAAUGUAAUGCAUAAUUAUGUGAACUGUAUUAUCAUAAAGUACUGCAAUGACUGAAUCCUAAACUUAAGGAAUAUGUUAACUUGACAUCCAGUAAAAUGGACCAAUGGUGCUGCAGUACACAGUGUGACAGAUAUAAUUGUGGUAAAUGCCAUAAUAAACCAUCUAAACUCAAAA